GACUAGAAUGAAAAAUCGGCCCGAAGCGACAUAUGGUUAUUUUGAUAUUCUAUCCUCAAAAUCCAUAAUCCCCGCCAUCGACACUGGAGGCGAGAAGAUAGAAGCUAAACAUCAAUGGCGCAAUUGCUAUAUCUUGGCCUCUCUUUUCCCGCGCAACCCCACAAAAUUUCUGCUUCUUCUUCCAAGCCCCUGAAGCUUGUUGAGUCAACCCACGGGUCAAAGAUAUCCAUUUCAACAACUAGUAAAUGUUCUGCCAAUCGCUUGCUUAAAACCCAGAAGCUGAAUUUAGAGGUUUCUCCUCACAGAGCAGUAUCGGCGGUUAGGUUAAUGAGGAUAGAAUUUGGAGGUGCUUUUGCUGACCUUCUCAAUGAGAAAGGGAAAGGCUCAGGUGAGAACGAGAUGGCAUAUGUCGGAAGGACGCUUGGUUUUCGCACUCGGGAGUUAAAUGAUCAAGAUCUCAGGCUGGUUACAGACAUUGUGGGGGGCACAAUUCGUUGGAGAAGAUAUCUUGAUCAUUUGAUUAGUUCAAUAAGUCACGAUAAAGAUAUAUCUAGCAUGGAACCUCUACUGUUGCAGAUUCUACGGGUUGGCUCCUAUGAGAUUGUCAAGCUAGAUAUGCCACAUUAUGCUGUUGUAGAUGAGAACGUGAGGCUUGCCAAAGUUGCUCUUAGGCCUGGUGCUGGCAACAUGGUCAAUGGGAUCCUUCGAAAGCUUGCAGUGCUUAAGAAAAAUGAAAGCCUUCCCUUGCCCAAAGUGGAGGGUGAUGAUCGUGCUCAAGCACGUGCUCUUGCUACUUUGUAUUCUCAUCCAGUUUGGAUGGUAAGAAGAUGGACAAAGUAUCUUGGGCAGGAAGAAGCUAUCAAAUUGAUGAUCUGGAACAACAGUGAACCCAGUUUCAGCUUGAGGGCAAACCAUGCAAGAGGAUUUUCAAGAGACGACCUUGUGACACAGCUUAAUGCGUUAAUGGUCCCGCACAAGCCUUCUUUGCAUUUGGAUGAAUUUGUUCGUAUUAAAACUGGAUUACAGGUUGUCAUGCAUGCUGGUCUUCUCAGGAAGGGUUUAUGUUCAGUUCAGGAUGAGAGUGCAGGUCUGGUAGUUUCUAUUGUGGAUCCUCAGCCUGGGGAAAUCAUCGUUGAUUGUUGUGCCGCUCCUGGUGGAAAGACUCUGUACAUGGCCUCUCUCUUGUGUGGUCAAGGUAUGGUGUUUGCAGUUGAUAUAAAUCGUGGUAGAUUGAGAAUUCUUAAAGAAACGGCAAAAAUGCACCAAGUUGAUGGUGUCAUUACCACCAUCCGCGCUGAUCUUCGUCAGUUACCUGAUGGCAAACCACUUAAGUGCAAUAAAGUUUUGCUGGAUGCUCCUUGCUCAGGACUUGGUGUUCUUUCCAAGAGAGCGGACUUACGUUGGAACCGGAAGCUGGAGGACAUGGAAGAAUUAAAGAAAUUACAGGAUGAGCUGCUGGAUGCAGCAUCCAAAUUGGUAAACCCGGGUGGAGUGUUAGUUUACAGCACGUGCUCCAUAGAUCCUGAAGAGAACGAUGAGAGGGUGACUGCUUUUCUUGCAAGACAUCCAGAUUUCCGCAUCGAUGCUGUAGACAGAUUUGUUCCACCUGAUUUUGUGACAGACCGUGGCUUCUAUUUCUCCAACCCAGUAAAACAUUCACUGGAUGGCUCCUUCGCCGCUCGAUUGGUUCGUGAUUCAUAAAAUUAAUCGUGGCUACCGAUCCUCAGCAUCUCCAUUGUCUUUCCUGCACAAAUUCAGUUCAAAAUGGACUCCUAGUACCGCAUGCUGCUAACAAAAUACGGUCCCGAUCUUCUCUCCAAGUCUUGCAAGCACUGCCUCAUGCACUGAAUCAGGCAAUUUCCGUCUGUGGGGUUUUUCACAUUCAGAGCAGGAAAUCUGCAAUUUCUCCCAAAAGUCGUUUAAAAACAUAUGAAUGGUUUACAUCCCAAAAGCACUUCAUUUUUUUUCCUGGUAAUCAAGGGUGGGCUAAAAAAAAAGAAAUCAUCAAUGAUGGCACUUACCUUGUUGAAGAUAAUGAUCUCAAAGCCAGUAUUGAAGUCAAGAGGUAUACAAAAUUAACAAGGUGCAAAUUUCCUCCAUAUUCUUGUCUAAUUUCAGGUUAAUUUUUCCUUCCCGUCCAAAAUAUAAGCAUUUUCCCUCAGUUAAUUUUAAUUCAAAAUAUAAGCAACCUAAUUCAUAUAAAUUUUUUCCCUUAUUUUACCCUUUUUAUUUAUUAAUCUAGAUCAUUACGUAAAUUUGUCUCUCAUUUAUCAUAAAGUGUAUUGGUAAAUGAGACUAAGGGUAAAAAAAGGAAAAAUAUAUAUAUAUUUUUUUUAUGAGAAUGAAGACUUUAUUGAUAUUCAGAUUUUUUCUGAAAGCUGCUUGUAUUUUGGAUUGGAGGGAGUAUCUAACUUCUACUGGCAAAUUUUAUGGGCAAUGGUCAUAUCAUGUACACUUUUGCUCCAGUUGCUUGAUAAAGUUUUUUAAUCCUGGAUCCGGUAGAUUGCUGGACUCCAAUAUUUUUAGAGGACCUUAUGAAGAAGUAAACUGUUUAAUGGAUGUAAACAAAAAAUGCUACUAUUGUUCAUGUAAGUGCUGAUUAGUACAAAUACAUGACCACUGCUUUUACUGGAUUCCAAUUAAGAUUGGUACAGCUUUUGUUAAUGAAGUUGCUACUGAUUAUAUGACCACAAAGUUGAGAAUGGAUGGUUGAUUUUAAAGUUUCAA